AUGCCGAAAGUUCGUCGUUCUUCAUACAACUUAGCGUUCAAACUAAAAGUCAUUGCUGAAGCAGAGGCUGUCGAGAACAACUCCAAGAUCGCUAGAGAUUACGGAAUCAGUGAAUCGAUGGUGCGUCACUGGCGAAAAGAUCAAGCGAACCUGUUUAAUGGUGAGCUUAAAAUGUCAGCAAAGCGAAAGACAAUGGGCUGCUUUUCGCCAAAGUAUCCUGAAUUGGAUCAAACACUACUGGACUGGUUUUCAGAGCAGAGGAGUCAAGGAAUUUCUGUAAGCGGAUUAAUUCUACGGCUAAAAGCGAAGGAGUUGAGCAGUGAUCCAGACUUCAAAGCCUCACUGGGUUGGUACCAGAGAUGGAAAAAGCGCCAUUCCAUCAGCCUUCGCACUAAGACAACCCUGGCCCCAGCGACUCCCACAAGAUCUGGAAGAAAAGACCAUCCAGUUCCAUCGGUUCGUGAUUGCACUUCGGCAGCGGUAUGGCCAUUUGCUCUCCAGGCUGUUCAAUAUGGAUGA